AUGGAUCAUGGUCAACGCAACGUGAAAACAGAAGCUUGUGACCGUAUAGAUGGUGAAGAAAACGACAACAACAACAGUACCAAUGGUUGUUCGACACCAGUAAAGGCGGUGACACCACUAACAACAACGACUGUUGAAGACGACAAAGAUGGCUAUUUAAUAUCUGAUGCGGAUGCUUUAACGUUGGAUAACUUUCGUGCAUGUUGGAAGCAAGGCAAGCCCGUAAUGGUGAAAAACGUUAUGGACGACGCCAGCAGAGUAUUGUGGUCUCCAGAGACUUUUAUCGAAAAGCACGGUGAUUCAAAAACCGAAGUCAUUGACUGCAGAACUGGAUAUAAAGACGAAUCUACGGUGGAACGGUACUUUAAGGCCUACAAUGACCCGACACUACGUUCAGGAUAUGACACUGGUAAUCCAGAGGUGUUGAAAAUCAAGGACUGGCCACCCAAAGAAAACUUUAGUGAACAAUUCCCAGACCUAUACCAAGAUUUCAUGCGCAUCUUACCUAUAAAAGAGUACUGUACCGUGGACGGGGUUUUCAACUUAUCGAAUCGACUCCCCAAAGAACUAUUACCGCCAGAUUUGGGGCCGAAAAUGUUCAUUGCAUUUGGUUCAGACCAAGGCGAACAGGGCGUGGGCACAACCAAAUUACACUGUGAUAUGGCCGAUGCUGUCAACGUCAUGUGUCAUGCCAACAACACCAACGGCGACAGGAACCAUAGUGCAGCUGUCUGGGACAUUUUCCCCUACGAAUCCUUGAUGACAGUACGUGCCUUUGUGGGGAAAAUUGCAAAUGAAAACCAAGUCAAACUUCGAGGCGAUCCUAUCCAUGACCAAUGGCUCUACUUGAACGAUUCUUUGCUGGAACGAUUGGAAAAAGAGCAUGGCGUGAAAGGUUGGCGACUCCACCAGAAUCCAGGCGAUGCCGUGUUUAUCCCUGCUGGUUGUGCACAUCAAGUUUCAAACUAUCACAGUGCUAUCAAAUGUGCCUAUGACUUUGUCAGUCCGGAGAAUGUGGUGCGUUGUUUGGAUAUAACCAGUCAAUUUGGCCGCGUUCGACGUGAAGAUGCUCUUCAGCUCAAAAAUACACUGCUGUUCGCAUGGUCUGAUCUUUUUAAUUGA